CUUCCUAAGUUAUGUGUCUACAAAUCUUGUAAACCCUCUCUCUCUCUCUCUAUACCCCUAUCUCUGUCUAUGCUCUGUAGAUUUUGCUAUGUCCGUUUGUUGUUAUCGUCUACGAAGGAAGACAAAUAAUGGGUUGUUCUAGCUCGAGAACCAUAGCAGAGGGGAAAAAGGAAAAGAUUCGAAGACCAAGAACAUGGAAACAUCCUCAACCUAUAUCAAGAGCUGAGCUGACGCAGAUGCGAGAAGAAUUCUGGGACACAGCUCCUCACUAUGGAGGCAAGAAAGAGAUAUGGGAUGCGUUACGAGCUGCAGCAGAAGAAGAGGAUCUAUCGCUUGCGCAAACCAUAAUUGAGAGUGCCGGUGUGAUUGUUCAGAACACUGACCUCACCAUUUGUUACGACGAGAAAGGUUCCAAGUACGAACUGCCUAAAUACGUUCUCAGGGAUCCUUCAAACUUGAUCCGAACCAAAUAGAGAGAUUCAAGAAAGUAAACAAGUAAGAACGAGGAUAAGGCUUGUGUAUGUACUCUUAAGGAAUCAUGUUUGUUUAAAUUAGCUACGUUUUUCUUGUUUGGAUACUGCCAUCUGUGACUCUGCGGUACGUGAAUCUCUGAGGAGUGCAAUGGAUUACAAUGGUCCAUACAGUUCUUUAUAACUUUUUCCCAUAAAGAAGAACCUUUAAUUUGAUCAAUAAUGAAACUCAUACCGUAAUAUGACAGUCUUAUUGUAAUUUACUUCUAUCUUGUUACUCAAGAUUCAGACUUUUUAUCUUA